UUGAUUCAAAUGAGUUUAUACAGAAUGUAUUAGAAAUAUUCUAGAAAACUGCAUUGGAUAGUAAAGCAAGUGAUUGUUGGCACUAAAUAUUCUGCCGUGAAGCAGUAAUGCGUUUCGUUUUGAAGGGUGGGGCAACCGUUGUAACUAUACUGAGACCUUUUUUUUUUUUUAUUGCCUAUGUAGGCAGACGGGCAUACGGCCCACCUGAUGGUGAGUGGUUACCGUCGCCCAUGGACUUCAGCAAUGCCAUGGGCAGAGCCAAGCCGCUGCCUACCGCUUAAUACUCUCCACAAGCCUCGUUUGAAGAAGGACAUGUCAUAGCGCUCGGGAAACACCGUGGAGGGGAGCUCAUUCCAUAGCCGGAUGGUACGUGGCAAAAAAGAUCUCUGGAAACGCAAUGUGGAUGACCUCAGUGGCUCCAGGUAGUAUGGAUGAACUCUACUCCGGUGGCGGGCGGUGCGAUGGUAAAAACGAGAUGCUGGUAUCAUCUCGAACAAUUCCUCAGAGCACUCCCCAUGGAACAUACGGUAAGAGAACCUUAGAACUUAUAUCUCAAGGUAGGUGACGGCAUACGUUGUAGAUGUUUAUGGGCUCCGGUAACCACAUAACAGUAGGUGGGCUGUGAUAUGCAUUAAAAAAAAUGCAAAAAAAUAUAAGCAAUAUUUUUGGAUUGCACGCAAUGUAUUAAAAAUAAAAAUCAAAUAACCGGUGGAAUACACGGUCUCGAGGAAAGGCGGAGGGCGCCUACCCACUACCUUGUAGCUAGUUACAUUACGGGCAUUAACGUACUUGUUAUUAUAAAUGAAUAUUGUUUUACGCUAACAUUAGCGUUAACGUUUUUUCCGUUUCGGCCAAAGUUCUCUUUACGCUGGUGUGAAAACGCGUGAAAACGUGUGUGUUCAAUGGCGAAUUGCGUGGAAAGUUGACUAAAAGUUGGAUAUUGCCAAGCGGCGUAGUGCCGUACCUCGUAUGGCGUACUGGCGGCAGAACGCUACGCGACGCCGCGCUGGCCACACUCCGCGGUACUUCGCAUGAUGUGAACCACCAGAAUGCGAUCGCUAAAACUCGUAGGGACUAAUGAAUUUUAACUCGACAAACAGUAUUAAACUAUCGUAUUAAACCUAAGUCGUUCGACUAAGAGCAAUAUUUAAUAUUUUCCUUAGUAUUAAAAGUUUUUAAAGCAGUUUUAGAAGUUUGAUGUAGCUCAGGCUUUGUAACGUGUUUACGAUAGCUGUAAUUACUGUUGUGCUUGGCGUCUACUAACAAUUUUCAAGAUGCUGCAAGCCAUUAUUCCAGUACUAGUCCUCGCAACAGCGGCGUUAUCUUCCAGCAACAUUCUUCCAUUGCUGUCCAAAAAUCAACUGGAAACAGAACCAUUCGACUUGAAUGAUCUACAAAACGACAAUAUAUUUAGCAGUCAAUUUCAUAAUAUAAAAUUACCCGGCAGCCUAUAUUUGAGCCCGCAGUCCGAAGUACAAGACGAUAUAAAUCUGGAAUUAAAAAAAUCAGAAUUACAAUUCCCAGACCCUAAAAACGAUGAAUGGUUAACGAACUUGAAUAUUAUCAAUAAGAAAGAGAAUUACAAUGAUGAGGGGUUCAGGCAAGAGCAAUGGCAUAACUAUCCCAGACAACUUGAUCGACUGCACAAAUAUUUAUACGAACAUUAUAAUGUUGAUAAAAGGAGCUUGGACGUCAACGGACAACUUGAAGACGAAGACAGAGAGCAACAAACUUUAGACGAAGAACCAAUAUAUGAAGCAAUGGCCAACAAGGCCGAUUUAAAUGAAAACAUUGACGGCGAGUACGUCCGUUCUGCUGAUCCUAUGUUAAAAGACAUUCGCUUUGAAUAUAAAGACGAUGUUGAAUCAGCAAUCGUAUCAGAAACUCAACCGCGAAAGAACGAACGUAAAGAUGUAAACGCACGACUAAACAUUGAUUUAAACCCCGAAAUCGCUUUAUUAAAAGAUAAAUUAGAUAAAACCGAAAAUACAGAAAAUUCCAUGGAAGAAAAUAAAGUGGUGGCAAAAAGGAUAUUCUCCCUGUGGAGUCGUCUCCAAGGUCUGAACCAUAACAGAGGCCAUGAACUCCACCACAGGCGGCAUUUGCACGCGUUCUAUGGACUUCCUGACGGCGACGGAGGAGGAGUGUUAACUGCUGAAACCAGGGCCACAUUGAUGAGACCGCCAGGAUCUCCGCUUAGAUGGGGUUGAUAAAAUAUGAUCGUGCUUUGCUCGGUCUAUGUUCGCUUAGAAAGUAUUUAAAGUAGUUGUUGACUGAUACUAAAGUUCUAACUAAAAUAUAUAUUUUGAUGUAAUUUCAUGAAACUGAAUCACUGAAUACAACAAUUAGGCUCAAAAACUUAAUGUGUAAAAUAUUUUGUGUUUUAUUUAUUUAUUAUAAAGACAAUGUUUAGUACUUUAAUUGUUCCUAAAUUAAGUAAAUAUAUUAUUUGAAAUAAAAACAUGUAUAAUAUAAGCUAAAUAGCUGAUCAGAACAAUAAAACGACCAAAGAAUAUUAACUCAGACAUUUGUCUGAUAUAAGUAUUUUUGAAUUUAUAACUUUGUAGAGGAAUAUUAAAUUAUGUAUGAUGUAUCUCCGUUUGUGCAUUUAUAAUGUGUAACGCUUUAAGUCUUUUAUUAGAUUUACAAGUUAACCCGUGUAACUUCCGCUUCUAUUGUGUCUGUAAAAAUUCAAUAUACCUAAUAUGAAACAUUGUAAUGGAAUGUAUAGUACUAAUGAAUUCCUGGCGUAAUAAUAUAUAUCUAGUCGUUAUAUAUUUCAUGUAAAUAAAUACCAAGUAUAUGAGC